AUGGGCUGCGGCCGCCGCCGCCGCCUCCGCCGCGCCUGCAGCACCGGGAGCAGCACCGGCAGCGUCACCGGGAGCUGCCUCGGGGCGGGACCCCGAGCACGGGGCGAGCCCCGGGAGCCCCGUCCCGGCCGUUACCGCAGCGCCGCGGCCGCGGGACCGGCCGGGGCCGCCGCCGCGCGCUGUCACUCAUCACCGCCGGCUCACAAUGAGCCCAGCGUGUCGCCGGCCAUAAACAAUACAGGCGAGGCCCCGCCCCUUUCCGCCGCCUGGCCCCGCCUUUUCCGCCGCUCGACUCCGCCCACUCCAGGAUGGCGGCGGCCAGGCGCGCCGGGCGGCGUUAGCGGAGCCGGGCGGUACCGGAGCGCUCCCGGAGCGCUCCCGGCGGGGCCGGCGGCGCUCGGAUCCGCCCCGAGGCCUUUGCGAUCGGCGAUGGCGGCGGCGGCGGGCGGCGGGGCGGGCGGGGGCCGGCGGGAGCCGCCUCACACGCUGCAGGGGCUGCUGGAGAUGGCGGUGGUGGCCGGGGAGGCGCAGCCCGAGCCCCGCCAGCCCAUGGCCGAGGAGAGGCAGCAGUGGCUGCGCGAGGCCGUGUCCCAGGCUCUGGCCGGCCCCGGCGCUGCCCGGGCCGAGCUCCAGCGCUGCCUGCGGGUGCUGGCCGGGCCCUGCCCCGGGGAGGCGGCGCCCGAGAGGGGCCUGGGGGACACCGGGGGCCACGAAGGGGCCCUGGCCGAGCUGGCCGAGCUCUGCGAGAGCCUGGACAACGCCACAGAUUUCUGCUCGCUGGGGGGGCUGGAGGUGGUGCUGGAGCUGCUGGGGCACCGCUGGCCCCCGCUGCGAGCCGGGGCCGCGCGGCUCCUGGGCUCCUGCGCCCAGAACCUUCCGGAAGCGCAGGCGCGGGCGCUGGCCCUGGGGGCUCUGCCCGCCCUGCUGGGGGCGCUCCGGGGGGACCCCGACCCCCGCGUGCCCCCCGCCGCCCUCUUCGCCGUCUCCUGCCUGGUGAGGGCCCAGCCCGAGGGGCUGCAGCAGCUCGAGGCUCUGGGGGGGCUCGAGGUGCUGGGGGGGGCCCUGCAGAGCCCCCACCCCCCCCCUGAGGGCCCGGGCUGCCUUCCUGCUGCACUGCCUGCUCAAGGAGCACCCCCGCCUCAAAGGUCAGCCCCAAAACCGCCCAAACUGCCCCCCUGGUGCAGCAGGGCCUGGUGCCGCGGGCGGCGGGCGCUGCUGCGCUCCGAGCACGACGGGGCCCACGAGCACGGCCUGGGGACCCUCUGCAGCCUGGCGUCGGGCUGCCCCGAGGGGCUCCGCGAGUGCCGGGACCCCGCGCUGGGGCUGGAGGAGCUGCUCCGGGAGCGCCGGGAGCUGCUGCGGGGCCGCGAGGAGUUCCAGGAAGAGCUGGAGUUCUGCGAGCGGCUGCUGCAGCUCUGCUUCGAGACCCCCCCCGAAGAAUCCACCAUGGACCGAUGACCCCAAAACCCCCCAAAAUUCCCCCAAAAAUCCCCUCCCCGACCCCCCAAAAACCCCCAAACGCUGCGAACCCCCCGAUCCAGGGGGGGAAUAAACGCUCCGGGCCCGA